GUCUGAUCCGAUGUGAGCGAGCGUGAGACUGAGCGGGUUGCUCGCGGAUCGACGGAGCGCACAAAUCGAAAGGGAAUGUGCCAUGCGUUUGUCUGUGUACUCGUGUCCGACCGUCUCGUCUGCCUUUCUGCGUUUUGAAUCCGUCUUGCUGUGCGUGUUGCCGGCCAAGACAUACACCAAAAGCAUACCACCGACGCAAAACGUGUACGAACCAGAAACCACAACCAGAACCAGAACCAGAGCGAGAGCCAGCCAGCGGCGGGUGUCGUGGUACGCGCUGCAGAUGGCCAUGGCUCCCACACCAAGUCACCAACAGCAGUCACACCUUGAAGCGUCCGUCGAGUCUCGACAUGAGGCAUGCCUCAUCUCCCACCGCGAAUCUGAUAUGUUCGCAAGAAUGUCCCGAAAUAGGCAACUGGGUCCAGCCACGUUCGGCGGAACGGUCGCCCCUCCUCGGCUCCCUUGGCUCAUGGCGUGGCAGCGGGAACCAAUCGCCCGCUCGAGACGCAACGAGACGCACGAGACGGGGCCGCGAAACUGGGGCGGCUUGAUGCAAAGCAGGUCCCCAUCCCGUCGUCGCAUGUCCGCCGCGUGCCUGCCGCAUCCCCGCCGUCCAUCCAUGUCUUUCCUAAUGCAUUUGCAUGUCAUAUCCAUGUCGCUUAUGCCAUUGACGCUGCGUUGAGGACGAGUCUGGAACUUGGGGCGACUCUGCCCGCGUCUGCACUCGCCAGACCGCCCUGCUGGGAGCCAGUGCAAUUCGCAGUCGCUUCGUCGUGCUGGGGGCUACUAGGA